GGGGACGUGGCGCGGCGUGGGGGCGGGGUGCGGCCAUGUUGUCUCCCCGGCGGAAGGAGCCGGGUGGCAGCUCUUCUCCCGUCCCGGAGCAGAGCCAGCGCUCCUCUACGGCCCGCGAGCCGAGCGGCGGCUCCACCAUGGAGGAGAGCGGCGGAUUCCGGUUGUCGGCCGAGUGCCUGGACGAGCCUCCCAACAGCCGCGUUUUCGUGGUGCUGGGCAAGGACGCGGGCGAGGCGCUGAUUCGGGAGCGCUUCGCCCCGUUCGGGGACAUCCAGAACAUCUGGCUGCUGCGCGACAAGCGCACCAACGAGUCCCGAGGCAUCGCCUUCAUCAAGUUCGCCCGCAGCUCGCAGGCCUGCCGGGCCAUGGAGGAGAUGCAUGGCCGCAGCCUGGCCCCCGAUACCAAGCCUAUCAAGGUAUUUAUUGCACAGUCAAGAGCUUCUGGAAGCCACCGAGAUGUUGAAGAUGAGGAGCUUACACGAAUCUUUGUUAUGAUACCAAAGACCUAUACAGAGGAAGAUCUGCGAGAGAAGUUUAAGAUGUAUGGAGACAUUGAGUAUUGCAGCAUCAUUAAAAACAAGACUACUGGAGAAAGCAAAGGUUUGGGCUACGUGCGGUACUUAAAACCAUCGCAAGCUGCCCGAGCAAUUGAGGAGUGUGAUCGAAGCUAUCGAGCCAUUUUGGCUGAACCGAAAAACAAGUCACCUGAAUCUUUUGAACAUGAAUAUUAUAGCAAUAACGCGAGGCAAGAACCAAGGGGAAAUGUAUUUCCAUUUUGUGCUCAGCCAGAGUUUUGUAGUUUUGAAAAAAAUGAGACCAGGAUUCAGGAGUCAGUCUCCAAACGUCUGUCAGUGGUAUCACGGCUUCCUUUUAUCCAAGAACAGCUGUUUGCCCUCUUUGAUCUAGUCCCAGGACUGGAGUAUUGUGAUGUUCAGCGAGAUCCUCAUACUAAUAAUGGGUAUGCUGUGAUUCAGUACAGUACAGCUGCAUCAGCUAUAUAUGCCAAGUAUAAGCUACAUGGGUUUGAGUAUCCUCCUGGAAACAGAUUAACUGUCAUUUUUCUGGAAGAUGGGAAUGAUAGUUCAGACCUCAUCAGAAAAAUGGCAACACAACUGGUAACAGCACAUAUGACCUCAGUGUUGCGAAAUAAUAACGCAGUUGUUCAGCAGUAUAGGACACCUCCUCAGGCAUUUGGAGGAACCUCUGGCUCACCAUUACUUCAGCCCCAAACUGAUGCUUUGCUUCCACCACCCAAGAAAAAAGUUCCACCUGACACUUCUGUGAAGGAAAGGCUUUUCGUACUUUUUCAUCCUCAUCCUUUACCUGUGACUGUAUUGGAGGAUGUUUUCUGCCGUUUUGGAAAUUUAAUAAAAGUUUAUCUCGUGGCUGGAAAAAAUGUGGCCUAUGCAAAAUUUGCAGACCGAGCAAGUGCCAGUGAGGCCAUAACUGCGUUACAUGGCAAGAUUGUGAACGGUGUCAGACUUAAAGUAAGGUUGGCAGACUCCCCCACAGAGGAAUCUAACAAACGUCAGAGAACCUACUAAGUAGAACUAAAUAAUGACAUGACCCUCGACUGACUGACUGACUGAAACGUGACUAGACAUGGUUCCUGGGGACAGUGACAUCUUUUUCUUUUCUUUCUUCCCUUUCUUUUGCAUUGUUACUCUGAUAUCAUAGUUUCUGUUUUUAAGAAGUGUGGACAUGCAGUUUUUAAAGAAUCUAGCAGUUUUAAAAUUGUAUACUGAUGGUUGUUCGUGUAGAAUCCUGUUAUCUUGUAUUCCAGAAAUAAAUCUCUUGUGCUAAACGAAGUUCCACAAACAUGGAAAUAGCAGUGAUGGGAGUCAGGUUUUUGUGGCUUGACCUGGUUAAUUGAUAAUGAAUCAAAUUGUAACUACUCUGUAUCAAAGGCACUUCCAGUGGUCAGAAUUGCUUUGAAGUAGAGCAGUAAAUGAAAAGAAAGAGCUAUUUCAAAAACUACUAGCAUGUUUGAGAGUGUUAAGUCAGAUUUGGUCGAAAAGCCAUACUCAUGAAAGUGAUUGAAGUACAGUCUUGAAUAUUUCACUGACUUGGACCAAGAGUAUUAAUUAUGCUUUAUAUGCUGUUUAGUGUAAAGGACGUUUAACUAUGGGUCAAGCUGUCAAAGCUGCUUGCGUUUAUCAUUUUCUUGAGGUACUGUCAUUGUAACUACAGAGAAAUUAUGGAGUCUGGGAAUGUUUUUUUUUCCCCCCUCUUUGACUUCUCUUAAGAAGCUCUCAAUGAAUACAUUGUUGAAGAAUUCGGUAAUUGAACAACAGUUCAGUAUUUCAGGAAGAUGAAGAGGAUUUGAGUGUUGCUAAAGAGUAAACAAAGAUAAUUUGAAUAAGUAUUUGCAAAGAUAAUUGUCAAAUACAAAUAAUUCCUGAAUGCUA